AUGCCAAAUAUUGAGAAGUUCAAUGGGACUGGUAACCCUACCAGGCAUGUUCACCAUGUUAUCAACACCUUGAAGCCCAUGGGCUUGAGUGAUGAGCUCAUUGCUCAAUUGUUUCAAAGGACUCUCACUGGAAGCGCCCUCGAUUGGUUUCUCACUUUGGAAUUUGUGCACUAUCAAACUUGGCCACAAAUUGCCAAUGCUUUUGUCAAGCAAUACGCAUACAAUGUUCAAAUUGAACUAACCACCCGAGAUUUAGAGAUGACCAAGCAAGAGUCGAACGAAGACUUUGCUACCUUCGUGGCAAGAUGGAGAGAGAAAGCCACUAAGAUGAAGAACUGCCCCUCUGAGGAAGAUCAAGUAAGGAUAGUUGUCAAAAAUCUGCAGCCCAAGUAUCUCAAGCAUAUCUACACUCAUGCUAUCACCGAUUUCAAACGCCUGCAUGCUACUGGGCUACAGAUUGAGGAUGGAAUCAAGUUGGGGCUCAUUGGGAAAGAAGAAGCUCAUCCUCUACCCAAGAAAACCUUUCCUGCCGGCAUAUCUCAUGCCUCCGUAAACACCCUUAACCCAGCCUUACCACAGGACCCUUUCCAAACUAGCUCAUCCUGA